AACAACUGGCAUCAUCUCUGCUCCGUGAAGGUAAGCGUCGCUCACCUGACAUGACGUCAUGCUCUCCGCGGUGCUGAAGGCGUGAUGUCAGAGUCCAUCCUCAUCCUUCUCCGUGCGCUGGCUGGGUGGCCCGGAGGAGAGAGCGGGAUCUCCAUCUGCAGGAGGCGGAGAAGACUGCAGGCUGCAGCGAUCCUUCACCGGAGCACCGGGGAGCUCUUCCACGCAGGAAACCGCUAUCCGUGAGGCUGUACCAUGUCUGACUUUGACAGCAACCCUUUCGCAGACCCGGACUUCAGCAACCCAUUCCAGGACCCUUCUGUAACACAGGUGACCCGUUCUGCCCCUCCUGGUGGCUUAGAGGAAUAUAACCCAUUCACAGAUGCCAGGACGGCUGCUCCGGGAAAUGCCCCCAAAACUGCCCCGCCACCAACCCAGAAUACACAACCUGCCAUCAUGAAGCCAACAGAAGAGCCACCGGCCUACACACAACAACAGACUCAGCGCCGGAGUCAGGACCAGGCUCGCGCUCAGGCCGAGUUGUUGAGAAGGCAGGAGGAGCUGGAGAAGAAGGCAGCAGAGCUCGACCGCCGGGAGAGAGAGCUCCAGUCCCACAGUGUAGCAGGGCGCAAAAACAACUGGCCGCCUCUGCCGGAGAAAUUCCCCGUGGGCCCAUGUUUCUAUCACGACAUUGCAGUCGACAUCCCAGUAGAGUUUCAGAAGACUGUGAAAAUUAUGUACAGUAUCUGGAUGUUUCACGCGGGCACGCUGUUCGUCAACAUGUUUGGUUGCCUCGCCUGGUUCUUUGUGGACCCGAAUCGCGGUGUAGAUUUUGGCCUGGCGCUGCUGUGGUUCCUGCUGUUCACUCCCUGUUCCUUUGUCUGCUGGUACAGACCUUUAUAUGGAGCGUUCAGAAGCGACAGUUCAUUCCGCUUCUUUGUCUUCUUCUUCGUCUAUAUUUGUCAGUUUGGCGUUCACGUACUACAAACGAUCGGCAUCAUCGGCUGGGGAACCUGCGGUUGGAUCGCAGCUUUGACUGGUCUGAACACCAGCAUCCCCGUGGGCAUCAUCAUGUUGCUUAUCGCAGCUCUGUUCACUGCUCUGUCUGUGGGCUCGCUCAUCAUGUUUAAGAAGGUGCACGCGCUGUACCGCACCACUGGUGCCAGUUUCGAGAAGGCUCAGCAAGAGUUUGCAACUGGCGUCAUGUCUAAUAAGACGGUUCAGACCGCAGCUGCCAAUGCCGCAGCCAACGCCGCCACCAACGCUGCCCGAGGAGCCUUCAAACCUCACCCAUGAUCGUGACCGCUCACUCAGACAUCAUGCCAAAGUAGGAGACGGACAACUAUGGCAGCGCUGGUUCUGACAGACAUCCAGACCCGGGGGAGGCGAGUCAAACACCUGCGUUCUCUCAUGAGAAAAUAUCUGUUGUAGCCGUCAUACUAACAAUAUCUACGCAUAUCUUGUUGAAUAACAAGUUAAAGAAUAUUUUAAAAAGCUCUAAAUAGAGAUAACUACUUUUCAGUUUUAACUUUUUACUCGACCAAUAUCAAAAAUAAGGAAAUGCAUACACAAUAAAUAAGCCUGAAAUAAAUAUCUUUAUAUUUAUUGUGCUGUUUAGUGCUAAAUCAGUGAUAUUUCUUUGAAAAAAAAUGACAGACUAAUAUCAAUAUGAUUAAGCAUUGUGCCUUGAGGACUGAUAGUUUUAAUCUAUGAAUUUGGCUAUCAGCUUAUUAUUCAUAAAACAAUUAACCAUUGAAUAAAAAUAAAAUGUGAUAUAAACAAUUACUCCCUCAUUAAAUUCCAAGAAAAUGAAUGAUUAAAAGCAUGGCACUAGAAACAGCAACAGAUAUUUUCAUCCAAAAAGAGUGUGGACGUGUCCUCAGAGGAUGUGCUGAACCUGCUGCUCCUGUAGAGGUGGAUGGUUUCAGGGACCAGCGCGGCUGUACUUGUUCGUCUUCACUUCGCUUCAUCCACCAACCCCCAGUGAGGUGACUGCUCUCAUCAUUCGUCUCGGUGACUCCGGGUUUGGUCCCAUGUGUGUAAGAUUCCUCUCUCCACCUCCAUCUCUGUCCACCCCAGGAGUGAGUAUUUCAAAGUGGUUGAUGAUCAGCAUUAGUGAGAUGGGAGCUCUCAAAUAUCUGCAUGUCCCACCGGCUGUUUGGCUUGUCCAUGGUUUUACUUCAUUACGUCCUGAAAAAUGCCUUUUCAGAUCCUCGUGUGGCGACACAGACACGCUCGUAUUUUCUACCAGGCUGUCUUGCUGUUUGUUUUUAAUCAUCUAAUGCUGCUAUCCAUCCGACGACCACUCUCCUCGCUCGCUGACGUAUUCGACUCAGUCAUAAACUUGUACUGUGUGACAGGAUGGACAAACCUAGACUAGAGUUCACCUUUUUUUUUUGGAGCAAUAUUUUCAAAGUUCUUGGUGAAUGGAUGAAAUAUUACGAGGGAUUAUAAUCCUAGAAGUGAGCAAGUCUGUGGUUGGUUGCUGGUAGGUCUGGGAUGGUAGCAACCUGGGACGUGUGGUCAGGAGAGGCAAGUGAGGCUGUAGCCCACUUGUUGUCAUGCGCUGGAGAAUGUAAAAUGAAAAAUGUAAGUGUAUGUUUACCAGAAAUUAGUUUCUAUUUAACUUACAAUAGUUUGGGAUUUUUUUGUCUCGUACGUUAACAAUCGUAUGAUGGCUGUGAAGUGAGACGUGCACUUCUCCUGCCUCAUGCUAGGGGGCAGAAUGAGUGAUAGCAGAUGAUGACCUGUUAGCUGGUGUGCAGCCAAACAUUCAUCUGUUUCUGUCUGAUGAAGUUGAGUCAAUGAACCUGACCACAUGUCACUGGGAACAACCAUCUAGUCAUUAAAGUGGAUCCAUGAAACACACUGGUGUGAUCUGGAGGAGCCCAUUGUAGCUCAUGUAUCAUCAUCAUCAUAUCUAUGACUGGUGUCGCACGUUCCAACUAUCAGCUUACCUCAUUUAUUUUGAAGGCAUCUGCCGAACAGUUGAUCCCAAGAUGGCACGGCCCUGAGCUGCUCCUGAGCAGGUCCGCCCACCUAGCGAAACACUCAUUUCAGCUCAGCAAGUCAUGUGACAUUGAACCUGAGUAGCGUUGCUGCCAGGAUCAACUUCGUCUGAGCACCGAUACAGUACAAGUCUAUGACCACAAACCAAGCUGCAGUUAGUUGGCGAUGCCACUUGCCUUUUUUCUGACCUGGACAGUGAGGUCAAACCUCACUGGCUAAAUGUCUGUUUACCGAAAAACAAGUGUUGUUUUCAUGUUACACUGAUGACAUCACCAACACGAAACACAUCCCACACGUGUUUAGAUCCUGUGAUUCAUGGCAUACUAGCACGCCGUUGCUGCUAACUAUAUGGACGUGUAUGGCAAUUGUUUUGAAGCGCCUCCUGGUGGUGAAAUGCUGCGUGGAGACGUGCAUGAGCGAUGACCCGCGACGGCUACUUCUGUGAUCAUUACGGAGUGUUAGUCCUGCAAGUGUUACCAAGGUAUUUAUCUUCAAGGAAUUAGGCCUAACAACAGUAUUCUCAUGUUAUAUUGCACAUCUCCUGUUGAUUUUGUGUUUCUAUUUAUGCUGUAAGUUAAUUUCACUGUUUUGGUUUGUAUUUUGGAUAUGAAUGUAGCUGCAGUGUUUUAAAGGGGCCAUGGAAUGAAAAUGGUUUGUUUAAUAUUGAGAUUUGCUUCCUGUUUUUUUUUUGUAUUGUUUUGUUUUGAACUGUUUUUUUUUUUCAUGCCAAUUCUUUUCAUAAACUCGGUAUGAAUCAGGCAAUUAAAUAUUUUGUUAUACUAAUUAAAAUUAUUAUUUUUGGUUUUUCAAAUAGUCAAAUAUUUUAGAAUAUUGAGCUUCACCUAAACAUGUUUUGCUCCAAUGCUCAAGGUCACGACGUGUUCUAUGACCCCUUUAAACAGAAAGUGUUGGUUUGUGUGGACUGUGUGAAUGAAAACUUCCUCAAGUGUUACUCUACUGUGCAGAAGCUGUGAGAAAGUUACCAAAAGUCUGUUGUAGAUUCUCAUCUUGCUUUGUGACGUGAUCACCCACUGUUUUUUUUUUUGUUUUUUGUUUUUUUUUGUAACUUUCUUCAUCUCUCAAACUCCUCUGACGGUUCCACGUAGCUUUAGUUGUGGACAGUUUGUUCUAUAAAGCGAAAACCUUUGUUAGUAAUCGCUUGGUGUUAUCGACGAGCUAAACUGUCGCUAUUUUUUUUUCUUCGGUUUAUGAUUGGUGACUGUGUUAUUCCAGUGAAUUAGAGACAGAAUAUCCACGCUUGUACAUUUUGUAAAGAAUUUGAUCCCGAGUUAUCAAUCAAGUGUAAAAAGAGAAAACAUGUACUGCACUCCUGUCUGGCCUUUGUCGCAUGUGAAAUAGUUUUGAGUUUUGUAUAUUUAUGGUAUUAACAUGAAAUAAAA